CUCACUGAGAGUUGUUCUAUGAGACCACCCGCUGAUUUGGCUCGUUCGAUGUUAGGGGUUUCAGAUUUGUCCUCAAGUAUGGAUCGGUUCUCACCAGUUCUUCCUCCUUCACGUUUUGUCAUUGACGUGCAUAUGUCGUUCAGUCGUGAGGGGAAGAAAAGUUUCAGCCGCCGCAGGGUUUUGUUGUUCGUUUCUGUUUGCUCUGAAGUAUUUACUGAGCUAUGUUGCUUUCAGGGUUUUGUUUCAGCAGUAAACCAUAUGCGCUCAUUUGUUCCUGCCAUUUAUGAUGUAACAGUGGCAAUUCCCAAGAGUUCACCUGCUCCUACAAUGCUAAGACUCUUCAGAGGAAAAUCUUCAGUGGUGCAUGUGCAUAUUAAGCGACAUUUGAUGAAGGAUUUGCCGGAAGAAAAUGAAGCUGUUGCUCAAUGGUGUCGAGAUAUAUUUGUGGCUAAGGAUGCAUUGUUGGACAAACAUAUAGCUGAGGACACAUUUAGUGGCCAAGAGCUGCAGGAUACCGGUCGACCUGUAAAGUCUCUUGUGGUUGUCAUAUCUUGGGCUUGUGUGGUUGUAACGGGGGCCAUAAAGUUCCUUCAAUGGUCUUCACUACUAUCUUCCUGGAAGGGUAUUGCAUUUUCUGCAAUUGGUUUGGGAGUUGUCACUCUACUCAUGCACAUCUUGAUUCAGUUCUCACAAGCUGAGCGUUCAACCCCUUCCAAGGUUGCCCCAGCAAAGUCCCGGAAUAGGGAAGAGAUAGAGGCUAGGGAUAACAAACAAGACUAGUUCACACAGGUUAUCUGAAUAUUCUAUACAUAGAUAGGGAAUUCAUCAGAGGUCAUAUCUUGAACUUGAAAAUUGCACUUCAGUGGUUUAUCAAAAAAGUUGCAUUAACGUGUCUUUAGGUACUCACUAUUGUUUGUUUUGGAAUUUCACCUCGUAUGUGUUCAUUACUACGCAUAUACUACUCAUUAUUUUCAAAUUAAUUAGGAUGAAUUUGUAUAGACAAAUAUAUAGGAAAGGCGUACUAAAUCCUACCUAACAUCGCACUGUUUUGG